AUGACUUCAAGUAUGAUUGGUGGGUUAAUUUCAAGUGAUAUUCGUAAUAAGGCUUUGACAUCGGUUAGUGAGGUGGUUUGUGAUUUCAAGGACUAUUAUGGAACAGAAGUUUCUUAUCGGCGAGCUUGGAUGGGUGUUGAAAAAGCAAGGGGUCUUGUUUUUGGUGACUAUCCAUCAUCAUUUGACGAUCUUCGUUGGUAUGUUGAUGCCACUAAUGCUUGCAAUCCGAGGAGUGUUUUUGAUAUGGAAUUUGAUAUUGAUAGUAAAGGAAGACAUUUUAAAUGCUUGUUUUUCACUUUUGAGGCAUGUAUUUAUGGUUUCAAGUAUUGUCGGCCUGUGUUGAUGCUUGAUGGAACUUUCUUGAAAGGAAGACACAAAGGUUGUUUAUUGGCUACUACGGAAAAAGAUGGUAACCAAGGUUUAUAUCCGUUAUGUUUUGCUAUUGUUGAUAGUGAAAGUUAUGACAGUUGGCAUUGGUUCUUGUCAAAGUUAUUUGUUAUUUUGACUCCAGGGAGGGAAAUUGCGUUUGUUACUGAUCGGCAUGGAGGUUUGCUGAAAGCUUUAGCUGAGACAAACUUGAAGACUUAUUUGUCAGUGAAGAGUCGCGAAUCUAAAGAGUAUUUGCUUACUCUUUUUAGUAGAUGUGCAUAUGCUCCUACUAUUGAGUUGUUUAAUGAGCUAUUUGAAGAAUUUAAGGGUCAUUGUAGUCGUAGUGUUGAGAAGUUUGUUGAGGAUUUGCCUAAUGAGUGUUGGUGUAAUGCUUAUUUUCAAGGCAAGAGGUAUGGUGAAAUGUGCACAAAUGCUGCAGAAUCUUUUAAUUCAUGGAUUAGCGAUGAACGCCAUUUGUUUUCAACUAGUCUUGUUGAUGCUAUACGGGUGAAACUAAUGGAGCAAUUUUCAAGAAGGAGAGAAGUUGGGAAUAAGUGGAAUCGUAUUGAAAUUGAUUCUUUUCCUUGCAAACAUGGUUUUUGUGCUAUAAAGAGGAGUGGGAAGGAUCUGAAUUGUUUUCUUGAUUAUUACUAUCGUGUUAGUAGUUAUUGUGAUUCUUAUUCACAUUCUAUCUAUCCAGUUCUUAGUAUGUGGAAGCCAAAUGUAGUUGUUGAUGAUGACGUUGUUUUACCUCCUCUUUAUCUGUUGAUUAUUGCAGAGGCAAGUCAUCAAUGUUUUCAUCAGGUAUUUGUUGUUGAGCAACUUGUUGAUCAGUCAAGAAGAUAG